GUAAGUUGUGAAACCUGGUGAGGGUCCUUCAAAACGAAAUAAUUCGCCGACGCCAACCAGAGUGCAGCAACAAUGGCGGCCGAGGACAAUAACCCAAACAAAACACUCAAUAACCCAAACAAAGCCCUGACUAACACGAGAUUCUCCGACCUGAACCCGCCGAUCUCCGAACCGGUUCUGGAUGCACUUACUCGGUCCGGGUUCGAGUUCUGCACUCCUGUUCAAGCCGCCACCAUACCCUUGCUCUGCAGCUACAAAGAUGUGGCAGUCGACGCCGCCACCGGCUCUGGAAAAACCCUAGCGUUCGUCAUCCCAAUCGUCGAAAUUCUCCGCCGCGCCGUCCCGCCGCAACCCCACCAGGUGAUGGGUGUAAUAAUUUCUCCAACAAGGGAGUUGUCGUCGCAGAUAUUUAAGGUUGCAGAGCCAUUUAUUUCGACAUUGUCGAAUGUGAGGUCGAUGCUGUUAGUAGGGGGAGCUGAAGUGAAGGCUGAUGUGAGGAAAAUUGAAGAGGAAGGGGCUAAUUUGUUAAUUGGAACACCUGGAAGAUUGAGCGAUAUCAUGGAGCGCAUGGAUGCAUUAGACUUCCGAAACCUGGAGAUAUUGAUUUUAGAUGAAGCUGAUAGACUACUAGAUAUGGGGUUCCAGAAGCAGAUUAGUGCAAUUAUAUCUCACUUACCGAAGCUUCGAAGAACAGGUCUCUUUUCAGCUACUCAAACUGAGGCAGUUGAAGAGCUAUCCAAGGCAGGAUUAAGGAAUCCUGUGCGGGUAGAAGUCCGAGCUGAAGUAAAGAGACAAAAGGAUUUAACAUCUUCACAACAAGUUGCUUCUUCAAAAACUCCUUCAGGGCUUCAUCUUGAGUAUCUUCAAUGUGAAGCUGACAAGAAACCUUUGCAGCUCAUUGAUCUCCUGAUUAAAAGCAAGACUCAGAAAACGAUAAUCUAUUUCAUGACUUGUGCUUGUGUUGAUUACUGGGGAGCUGUACUUCCACGUCUUUCUGCUUUGAAGGGUUUCUCUCUGAUCUCACUUCAUGGAAAGAUGAAACAGGCGGCAAGGGAGAAGGCGUUAGCAUCGUUUACAAAUCUUUCAAGCGGUGUUCUUCUUUGCACUGAUGUAGCAGCACGUGGGCUUGACAUUCCUGGUGUUGACUGCAUAAUACAGUAUGACCCCCCACAGGACCCAAAUGUGUUCAUACACAGAGUUGGCCGAACUGCUAGGAUGGGACGACAAGGAAGUGCCAUUGUCUUCCUGUUGCCAAAGGAGGAAGCAUAUAUAGAGUUCCUUAGAAUAAGGAGAGUUCCACUUGAGGAGCGAAAAUGCUCUGAUGACGCUCCUGAUUUUAUUCCUCAGAUACGUUCUGCUGCAAAAAAAGAUCGUGACAUUAUGGAAAAAGGGCUCAAGGCUUUUGUAUCAUUUGUUCGUGCUUAUAAAGAACAUCACUGUUCUUUUAUCUUCAGGUGGAAAGAACUUGAAAUCGGUAAGUUGGGCAUGGGAUAUGGUUUGUUGCAGCUCCCUUCUAUGCCUGAAGUAAAGAACCACUCUCUUUCUACGGAAGGUUUUGUUCCAGUUGAAGAUAUAAACCUGGAGGAUAUCAAGUACAAGGAUAAAUCUAGAGAGAAACAAAGAAAGAAAAACCUGGAAGCAAAACAAGCUGAAAAAGAGCAAAAGCAGCAGAAGCCUAAAGCAGGUUCAAAUGCUUCGAACACGGUCAUGAGGAAGAAAACAGCCCGACAAAGACGUGCAGCUCAAUCAACAGAAGAUGCAGAUGAGCUAGACCGGGAGUAUCGCUUGCUGAAGAAGCUGAAAAAAGGAAGGAUUGAUGAAAGUGAAUUUGCAAAAUUAACUGGAACAGAAGAUCUACUUUGAGACGCUGACUGUGGGGAAGGAAUAUUGAGUAAGCUAUUCGAAGGUCUGGAUGUACAAGAAUUCCUUACCAACCCAAGUGGGGGUUUGAGCCUACAUGGCGUUGAUGUUAGGAAGUGAAAUGUUGAUACCAUCGUAUAUACAACAGAGCACGAUCCUACUUAAAUAUGGUACUGAAGUGGAUGGUGUUUCAUGUGCCAACAACUGGAACACAAUCAUAAUGGGGUUGAGAUCAAGCUUAUUUCGCGACGGGCUCGGACUCGAAGCCAAUAGUUCUCCUGGAACUUCUGAAGGUAAAGCUGCUUAGAUAUCACACAUCGAGCCAAGGCUUUGAAUUUGCUUUUUCUCUCCAAGAAAAUGCAAAUAUUUUAGUUAAAUUAAGUUGCAGUUGUAGUUAUAUUACUUUUCUGACAUGAUGUGAUUAGUGAAAUUUAAAUUGGUUGAGAGAACAAUGAAACAGUGAGACAUUUACUUGAAAAAUGAAUGGUUUCUCAA